AAGGAUUAUUUCGUUGCACUAAUCUAAUCGAUAGUUUUAUUUACCUCUGAUACUAUAUCUUCUUCUCUGCCACUUUUCUUUUAUAUCGAGUUGUCUAGUUGUUUUCUAUAUUGUACACAACUUUUGUAUGUUUUUUUUUUGUCCAAAAAGGACAUAAUUUUUAGUAAAUAAAUAAAUACGUAUAACGAGGAAGUAUCGUUUGGUUACACUCGUUGUAGCUGUUAUCUUCUUAAUACUGGAAAGGAAGAAAAAUUAGCCGACCGGUUGCACGUCUGCUAUUAAUAGCUCAACGCGAUACGAUUCUAUCCCGUUAUUAUUCGAUUAAUAUUUAUUCCGUCGCUUAACAGACGUCAGACAUUUACUUAAAUACAAUGUUAUCGCGUUUAAGAAGAGCGUUCCGACUUCCAAUCGAGAAUCAAUUUGUUCUGGGACGCGGUAGUGUACGUCUAUCUGUCGUAAGACAAGAAAUACAAAUGUUGCUAUCGCGGGAGGCAUAAUCAAUUUUACGUUAUCGGAUAUUAACAGUAAGAGCUCCUCGAGAGCGGUCGAUAAAUGAUAAGAACGCAAGCGUGUUACCAUAGGAUAAUCCUUAUCUUAGCCAUGAUCUCCAUAAUACGUUUCGGUAAAUUAUUAAUCUAUGUAUUUAUGACAAAAAAAAAAAGUUGGGCAUUAGUACGGUAUUAACAUGAAUUUUUGUCAAGGGCCAAUUUAACUUAUCUUUCCAGGAGAUAUGAUGAAAUUCUUAUCUAAAUAAGCAUUUCGAACAAUGAGUAAAAGAUUAGUUGUUUUUGGCUACUCACUCGUUGGCAGAAAACUUUAAUUUGAAUUCUAAAAUAAAGUUACGCAUCGCGUUUAACGAAUAAAAUCCUAUCCCAAUAACUCUUUGCAUGGGAUUUCUAUUCGUCGUACACUACUCAAAUAAAAUGUCGCGAAAAAGUACGAGAAAAAACAUGUUACUGCUCGUUGGUUGCAUUCCUCAAAUGUAUCGUCUCGGAUUAGUCUGUUAUUUGCUGUUUUUCCGUUUGUUUUAGCACGUUGGCGCCGUAAUAAACAGCGUCUCUCAAUACAUCAUUAUCAGAUACCGACUUUGCAGGUUCUGCCGUAGCAUUUAUUCUAAAUCCUCCCGGCGUAUCAAUUGUAUACAAAAAUAUUCCACGUAAAUAUGUAAUGUACCUUCCCUACUCUUUCUCGUGUCAAUAUAAAUGUAAGAUUGACUGCGAGAUCGUACAGUUUGUUUGAUCGUAUCACCAGUGCGACACUGUCCUUUUCCGUUACGACGUUUAGUUCUUCUUUUCCUUUGUUCUACCACCGUCUAUAGUUUCAAGGAGAGUAGCAAUUAUCGUAGAUUAGCAGUAUGUAUCCGACGAGAACGAAAAUUUUCAGCUUGACGAGGGAGCUGGGCUCGAAAAGAUUCCUGAGCUCGCAAGAGCUGAUAGAACGAGACAACAAGUACGGAGGCAGACACUUCAAACCACUUCCAGUGGUCCUCGUGAAGGGCGAGGGUGUCUGUUUGUGGGACGUCGAUGGAAAGCGUUACCUCGACUUCCUGGCUGGAUUUUCAACUGUUAACCAGGGCCACUGUCACCCAAGGUUGGUGAAAGUGAUGAACGAGCAAAUGAGGAAGCUUGCUCAUACUUCCAGGGCAUUUUACACGGAACCUCACGGUGAACUAGGAGAGUAUCUCACCAAACUCUUUGGAUGGGACAAGUUCUUACCCAUGAAUACUGGCGUCGAAGCGGGUGAAACCGCUAUCAAGGUAGCUAGACGUUGGGGGUACAGAGUCAAAAAGAUACCUAAAGAACAAGCGACCGUCGUCUUUGCGAAAGGCAAUUUCUUUGGACGCUCUAUAGCGGCGCUCUCAGCCUCGACGGAUCCGAAUUGUUACACCGACUUCGGACCUUACGUGCCCCGUUUUGACAAGGUCCCAUACAACGAUCUCAAGGCAUUGGAGGAGAAAUUCAAGCAGGACCCGACAGUUUGCGCGUUCAUGGUAGAACCCAUCCAGGGCGAAGCUGGAGUCAUAAUUCCCAACGACGGCUACUUGAAAGGCGUACGAGAUCUCUGCACCAAGUACAAUGUGUUGUGGAUCGCUGACGAGGUUCAGACUGGCUUGUGCAGAACGGGCAAACGAUUGGCGGUGGAUCACGAGAAUCAGAGACCAGACAUUCUCAUUUUAGGAAAAGCGUUGUCUGGAGGCGUUUACCCUGUGUCUGGAAUUUUAGCUGACGCACAAAUAAUGGACUCUCUGGAGACAGGCUCGCACGGUAGCACUUUCGGCGGAAGUCCGCUUGGAAACAGAGUGGCCUUGGAGGCAGUGAGAAUCUUAGAAGAGGAGAAUCUCGCAGAAAACGCAAGGAAGCUUGGAGAAAUUGUACGAGAAACGUUACAAAAACUACCGAAAGAAAUAGCGACGGAAUUCCGUGGGCGCGGUUUGUUGACUGGCUUGGUGAUAAACAAAGACUUUGCUGAAGGCUGGGAUAUCUGCUUGAAGCUGAAAGAAGCUGGCUUGUUGACUAGACCCGCUCACGGGCAAAUAUUGAGAAUAUCUCCACCGCUUACCAUCACGGAAGAUCAACUUAGAGAAGGACUGAACAUAAUAACUACUGUUCUGAAAAAUUACAAAUGAAAUACCGACUGUCCAUCACCAUAUGGAACGCUUCCUUACGCGUAUCAAAGCCUUGUACCUGCAAAACGAUAUUUCGAAUACGUCCCCCUGUAGAACUGGGUCAACUUCAAACCCUACAAUUUUAUAUCAUAACUGAAAUAAUAUAUAUUUUUAUCAUUAAUGAAACUGUAUAGAACAGCAUAAUCAUGUUUGUAAAAC